ACCUCUAUUAAUUCCCCUUACUUCAACACUUACCAACAAUUCCCACUAAUCUUCUCACAACCUAAUGAAAUUCAAGAAUUCAAAAAAUAUACUUCUCCAUCUUUGAUCUUACAAAAAAAAAUAAAGAGAGCGAAAAAUGAGAAUUGGUGGUAAUUAUACGUUCCAACAGGCACUAACUACUGAAUCUACAACCAUAGUAAAACAAGCUUUAAACUUAGCUAAAAGAAGAGGCCAUUCCCAUGUCACUCCUCUUCAUAUAGCUAGUGUUAUGUUAGUUUCCUCUUCAGGCCUUUUGAAAAAAGCUUGUCUUCAAUUACAUUCUCAUCCACUUCAAUACAAAGCUCUUGAACUUUGUUUCAAUGUAGCACUCAAUAGGUUACCCACCUCAGUUUCUAGUCCUGUUUUUGAGCCUCAUGCUCAAAAUCCUUGUCUUUCUAAUGCCUUAGUUGCUGCUUUUAAAAGGGCACAAGCGUAUCAACGUCGCGGCUCAACAGAAAACCAGCAGCAGCAACAGCCUAUUUUAGCCCUUAAAGUAGAAAUAGAACAGCUUGUUAUUUCAAUUCUUGAUGAUCCAAGUGUUAGUAGAGUAAUGAGGGAAGUUGGUUUUUCUAGUAUCCAAUUAAAAACCAAUAUAGAACAAACUAUUUCUUUAAAUAGUUGUUCUAAAAAUGGUGGUGUUAGUACAAAACCAAUUGUCCUAGGAAAUACCAAUUACAUUUCUCAAACAACAUUAGGUUAUCAAGUGAGGAAUGAUGAUGUAAUGAGUGUAAUAGAAGCAAUGAUAAACAAGAAAAGGAAAAAUAUAGUUAUUUUAGGAGAGUGUUUAGCCACUGUUGAAGGGGUUAUUAAAGGAGUUGUAGAUAAGUUUAAUAAAGGAGAAAUAUCAUUAGAUAUGAAACAUGUGCAGUUUAUAAGUGUUCCACUUUUUACACUGAGAAAUGUUUCAAGAGAAGAGUUUGAGGUCAAGAUUGGAGAGCUUAGGACUUUACUUAGAAGCUAUGUAAAUAAAGGGGUUGUGUUAUAUUUAGGUGAUUUAAAAUGGAUAUCUGAAUUUUGGAUUAAAUACAGUGAGCAAAGUAAUAGUACUAGCUAUUAUUCUCCUGUGGAACAUAUGAUAAUGGAGCUAAGUAGAUUAUUAUGUGGUGGAAUUAAGGAAAAUGGAAGGCUGUGGCUUAUGGGAAUUGCCAGUUUUCAGACUUACAUGAAAUGUAAAACUGGUUGUCCUUCUCUACAGACUCUUUGGGAUCUUCAUCCUCUUACAAUUCCUGUUGUCACCUUGGAUCUUAGCCUUAAUCUUGAGAGUGAUUUGCAUAGUCAGUUUAGAAGCAAGACAACCGCAGAUGGUUCAAGCUGGUCAGUUGUUAGAAAUGGAGUGAAGAAGCAGCUAACUUGCUGUGCUGAUUGUUUGGCCAACUUCAACAGAGAAGCUAAAAGCAUUAAUAUAGUCAAAACUGAGUCUACUACAUUUUACAGCAGCUCAAGUUUGCCUUCUUGGCUCCAAAAAUACAAGGAAGUGAAUAGACAAGAUAACAACAACAAUCAGGAAGCUGAAGAAAUGAGAAAUCUUUGCAAGAAGUGGAACUCUAUUUGCAAUUGUGUUCACAAACAAUAUCAUAACUUUCUAGAGAAAGGCUGUGGUACUCUAUCUUCAUUAUCAUCUCCUUGUUCCUCUACUUCAAUAUCUUCAUCUAACCAAUCAAAGAAAGAACACCAAUUCUUGGAUACAAAGCCUGAGCUUUUAUCCAAUCCCAAUUCAAGUCCAAAUUCAGCUUCCUCAAGUGAAGCAAGUGGAUACAAUAUGGAUUGCUUAAAUAGGUUCAAAGAGUUUAAUUCAGAAAAUAUGAACAUAAUUUGCAAGGCAUUGGAGAAGAAAGUUCCAUGGCAAAAAGAUAUAAUCCCUGAUAUAGUAAGCACAAUUCUUCAGUGUAGAGGCAAAAAGGAAGAAACUUGGCUGUUUUUCUUAGGUGCUGAUUCUGAAGGAAAAGAGAAAAUCUCAAGGGAGUUAGCUAAAAUUAUCUUUGGUUCUCAAGAUAGCUUCAUUUCCAUUGGACUUAGCAGCUUUUCAUCAUCAACAUUAAAAGCUGAUGAUUCAACUGAAGAAGUCGGUAAUAAAAGAUCUAGAGACGAGCACGGUAAGAGUUAUCUGGAGAGGUUUGCAGAUGCAAUCCAAGAAAAUCCGAGCCGUGUGUUUUUCAUGGAAGAUGUGGAUCAAGUUGAUUCUUUCUCACAAAAGGGUAUUAAAAAAGCUAUUGUAAAUGGAAGCUUUACACUUCCUGAUGGUGAAUUAGUAUUUGUUAAGGAUUCCAUAGUCAUUUUUAGCUGUGACGAGUACUUUAGUUCUUCAGUUUCAAGACCCUAUUCUCCUCCUACUACUAUUCAGAAGAGUAAUGGUGAUGUUGAAGAGGAAAAGAGAGAAAAUGCAGCUUCAUUGGAUUUGAAUAUUGCCAUACAUGGAGAUGAUAUUGGAAUUUUGGAGGCAGUGGACAAACAAAUCAUGUUCAAUAUUCAACUCUUGUGAGAAUUAAGUGAGAAAAACUCUAAGCUUCCUCCACCCUAGCUAGGACUACUUUUUGGUACUUUUUUUGUUUUUUUUUUUUAAUUUUAUUUAAGAUCCCUUUGAUAUUUAGAUGAAGAGUUUAAUGAAGAACUAAAUGUAUAUUAACACCUCUUUGAUCUCUUUAAUAGACUGCUGAAUUUUUACCUUC